AUGACUGAUCAGAAGACCAGGGCCUUUGUGGUCGAACACCUAGAUCCCGAACUGGGUCCGUGGUCCGCGUUGGAAUAUGCUUGCAUUGCUCGCGAAUCGCACGACCGCGGGGCUCGGUUCCUUCUGAGCUCUGUGCCUGCCGAGCUGCAAAUGCCCGCUGACCUUGCUGCUACCCGUGGACUGGAGGUCGAGCAGCGUAGUGUCGAGGAUGUCUUUGCGCAUUGCAAGGAGAGAGUUUGUCUAUUGGAUCCUUCUGCUACUGUGGAAUUGAGCCCCGAGGAUGGUGACAACUUUGAUGUGUUUUUGUUCGGUGGUAUUCUCGGUGAUGAUCCCCCACGAGACCGUACUUCUGAACUCCGCAAAAAGGGCUAUGUUGGUCGACGUCUUGGUCCUAAGCAGAUGACCACUGAUACCGCUGUGCGAGUAACUCGCAUGGUCGUACAUGAGAAAAUCCCAUUGGAGAAGAUCAACUAUGUUGAUUACCCCGAAAUUCUGAUCAACCAACAUGAGCGUACUGAGAUGCCCUUUCGCUAUGUGACAGAUGAGAAUGGAGAACCAAUCAUGCCCGCAGGGAUGGUGGAUCUGAUUAAAAAUGAUGCCGACAAGGACGUUGGUGAUCUUUUCUAA